UCUUAUCUAAAAUAAAAUAAACUCUUCACCCAAAAUCACACCGCCCCCUCUACCGAUAAGUCCAAAACGGUGCGUGCGACUUCAACGGCGGUCGUCCGUACGGCAAGCUUGGCGCGCAGCGCGGCUUUUCAUUCCUUUACUCAUGGGAAUGGACGAAAAACCAAUACACAUGCAAACCUCAAUAUCGAAGCAUGCUUUUUUUGAUCUCUCUCAUGUUUCUCCAUUGGUUUUCUUGUAUCUCCUUAAAGAAUGUUAUUCUUAUGGAACUUGCAAAGCAACCACGAAGUUCCGUGCAUUACAACAACAACUGUGUCUAGUUUUACUCAACAAUUGCCAAAUUGGACCAGCUACUUGGAUUGCUCACUGCCUCUGCAUGCUGCCCAUGUUCCAACCAUACUGUGAAGGCUUCAGCCAUUUGGUAAUAUCUGCUCUUUGUCGUUUCUUAAAAACGGGCAGCAAUGAUGAAGAUGUAGUGGAAGCAAAAGAGUGUGCUGCCAAGUUAUUCCUGGACAUUGUCAAUGGCACUCUGGGACAUGACAAUGGAGUCCUCAUCAAGAUUAUUAAAGUUUUUCAAGUCAAUUUAACAGAUAUUGAUAAUGUGAUGUAUGAGGUAUCAAUGAAGAGCAAAUCCAAAGCUGAUUCAGCAAAAGAAGUGGUUGAACAAUAUGUUUGCAAGAUGGUGGAAUGCCAAUCUUAUAUGACUGCUGUUGAUCUGUUAAUACACUUCUCCAUCCGUGAUUCUGGAGAGUCAUAUUUAUCGAAAAUGAUGGGGUGCCGACAAAUGAAAGCAGCAGAGAAGUGGGCAACAUAUUUGGGUAAGCCAAUGCUAUGUUUGCUCGUCCAGGAAUAUGUAGACCAGAAAUUGUUACAGCCUGCAUAUGAUAUUAUAAAGAAAAACAAUUUGCGCCAGGAAUUCCCUGAAUUGUAUCAUCAGAGUAAAGAAAGCUCACUUAAGAAGCUAGCAGAAAAAGGUGUCUGGGAGAUAGCAGAAGUGAGAGCUACUGGUGACAGAAAACUUCUUGAAUAUUUGGUCUAUUUAGCAAUGGAAGCUGGCUAUUUUGAAAAGGUUGAAGAACUUUGUGAACGCUAUUCCAUCAAAGGUUUCUCUAAUUCUGAAGAGCCAGAGUCAAAUCUUCCGCACCGUCACUAUUUAAAUCUUCAUGAGUUAUGUAUUGAGGAUGUUUUGUGGGUUGAUGAAGUCAAUAGUCUGCGAGAGGCAAUAAACUACUUUAAGAAUUGCAAAGUUGUUGGUGUUGACUGUGAAUGGAAACCUAAUUAUGAAAAGGGUAGCAGACCCAGUAAGGUCUCCAUCAUGCAAAUUGCAUCCGAGAAGAAGGUUUAUAUACUUGACCUUAUCAAGCUGUAUGCGGAUGUUCCGAGUAUUCUGGAUGAGUGCCUUGGCUGCUUAUUUCACUCUUCAAGCAUUUUAAAACUUGGCUACAAUUUCCAAUGUGAUGUUAGGCAGCUUGCACUUUCAUAUCGAGAUUUAAAUUGUUUCAAACACUUUGAGAUGCUUCUUGAUAUUCAAAAUGUUUUCAGAGAGCCAAAGGGUGGUCUUUCUGGCCUGGCUGAGAAAAUUUUGGGCAUCGGUCUGAAUAAAACAAGACGAAAUAGCAAUUGGGAGCAACGACCUCUGAGUCAUUAUCAGCUAGAUUAUGCCGCUCUCGAUGCUGCUGUUCUCCUCCACAUAUUUCGGCAUGUAGGCAGACACUCCCAGCCUGUAGGCACCUCAGAUGGAAAUGCCAAGAUAGAAUGGAGAUCACAAAUUAUAUCCCAUAUGGACAGCUCAAAAUUACCCAGGAAGGAUGUUAAAAUUAGAAAUGAGCCAGACACUCUGAUGAACUGAACAUGGAGGGUGAAGCAAAACAACCAUCUGGUAUAGUCAGUCUUGUACAGAGCUAGUAAAGUAAUUGACAGUUUAAGUUGGUAUAAACUUGCCAUGAUGCAGAGAACUUUUUGCGAGAGGAAUUGUAAAGUUUUCAACCUUUAUGAGAAACAAUAAACAAAAACAUGACAAAUUGAUAUGAGAUUGAAGAUCUAAAUAGAAGGUCGAAUUUCUGUA